AUGUCGACCAAUGCGAAUUGGCAUCGACGAUAUGCUGAACUUCUGCUGCGUAAUUCGGCGCAGACCCUGCAUAGCAACUCGUCUUUGACCUUGGCAGAAUUCUGCGCUCAGUUCACCGAACAUAACAUUAGAUGGGAGACCUUGGGCCUCUUUGCUCUGGCGGUGAUUCGUGCCUCGUAUGAUGUGCCAUAUUUCGCACCGUUGUAUUCGAAGGACAAUGGCAUAUAUGAUCUUCGAAAGCGAUGCUUCCGUGUCGCAAACUGUGCUCUCGAGAUAGCCUUGUCGUUGGACCAGCUCAACGACCUGCAGCUAGUACUUCAGUACGAAAACCUCAUCGUUCAUUCGUACAUAGCAGGCGAUCAGAGCUAUCAGUAUUGGAGACGACUUGGGGAUGGAAUUGCGUCAAUCUUUGCUCUCGGGUAUCAUCAGACCAACGGUCUGGAGCGGAAUGCCCCUGUUUUUCUCCAAGAGCUGCGUCGCACUGCAUUCGCGCGAAUCUUCUCCGCCGAUAAGAAUAUGGCCAUUUUCCUCGGUCGACCUCCGCGGAUGCCACGCCAUUUCUGCGACUUUCAGAUCCCAUCGGCUCCUGCGGGUACCAGCCACUGGGCUCUGUCUUCAGACCCAGGUGAAAUCACUCCCGAUUGGAGCCCAGCAGCUGUCCCCUCCUAUGUGGCUGAGUCACGGUGGUCGGCGUUGUGUGCAAGCCUGAAGGAAGAUAUCUUAUACCUGCAACGCGACAGGAAGAGCGACCAGUUCCAGCAGCAAGUCCGCAUUAUACAAGCACAAGCUGAGAAACUGUGGGAUGAGCUCCCGCGACAGUUCCGGUUGGAGGGAAGCCUGAAGGAGACCACAAAGGACGGAUUUGAGAGGGACUCUCUCGCCAGCUUCCAGCUCAAUCACUUGCAUGUCCUGUUUCUUCUUCGCCUUGUGGUCCUACCCUCUCCUGCCACCCCCAGUCAGGAGCUUGUAACCCUCGCCGAGCAAAUUUUGGCCACUGUUGUCGCCUUAAUAAUGCUGCGCGACCAGCUCACAAAUUCGGGCACAAGUCUGAUGUGGAAGAUCGUGCAUUAUGGCCUUCCUGCCGCGGGCAUCAUUCUCUUAGCCGUGUUGAACCAACGUUGUUCGUCCGCUCCGGUCCCGGCCCCUCAUCCACGGGCGAUCCAGAACCUGACUGUUUUGGCUGCGGAGCUGUCAGGUGGAUCAGUGGUGCAACUGCAAGACCCUAAUUACGAUCUGAUUUCCAGGGCAUUGUCCACGAUCCACAACAUGCUGGAUUCAAUUACAGCGGAUGCACUGCGGGGACCGGGAGCGCCGUCUCCCCGCACCACGACCCUGGCCGACUGGGAAGGAUUUCAAAGCCAGCUCUCGUGGGACCUGGACCUUGGGUUCUGGCAGAAUCUGGCCGAUACCCCAUUUUUGGGAGACUAA